AUGGCCUUGCUGCUCUUUGGGACAUCCACUCCAGGACACCCCAGGACGAGGGGGCGGCGGGGGCACCUGGCUCUCGAGAGAUGCCCUGAAACCGCAUCUUUUCCCGCAUUUCCCUGCUCCGACCUCCGGCUCUCAACAUCCUCGGGCCCUAGCAGGAGAGCCCGAGGGGAAAGCACCCCCCCCAAAAUCAGCCCCCGCGACCACCAGAAGCCGGGCGAGACCACCCCGAGACCUGGAGGCGGCUCCCGGUGCACGGCAGGGGCGCAUCCACUCGGCUGGACGCGGGUCUCCGGUUCCAGCCGGCGAGGCCGGGCGCGCGGCGUCCUCACAGAGCCCGGGGACCCCCCCCCCCUCCCCGUGUGCUCUUCUGCCCGGGCCGCUGCUGCGUUGCCGGGAGCCAGUGUAAGAAGCGCCGGGCGCUCCUAG